AUGAAAAAUCUAAGAUUAUUUCUUCCUUUGUCUAUAUUUUUUCUCGCCAUUUGGACGAGAGAAUUCGUACCUUGCAAUCCUCUCAAAGAUGACUAUUGUCAAGGGAUCAACCAGGCAUUGUCCAGCUCAUUUACUGACGAGUUCAGAGAACCGUCCUCUUUCUUUGAUGUUUUUUCUGAGCGCGGCGAAACAAAAUACACUAAUGAUGGAUUGAAGAUCAUUAUCAACAAGCGUUUCGAUAAUCCAUCAAUCAGAUCAACCUUCUACAUUCUUUUUGGAAAAGUUGAAGUCAUUGCCAAAUCCGCAGCAGGCCGGGGGAUCAUCAGCAGCGUGUUUUUGCAAAGCGAUGAUUUAGAUGAAAUUGAUUUGGAAUGGAUUGGAAGCGCCAAAGACACUGUACAAAGUAACUAUUUUGCCAAAGGCGAUGUCAGAGAUUAUUCUCGAGGAGGGUAUCAUCAUGUCGAGGAUUGCCAUAAUCAGUUUCAUAAUUAUACGAUUGACUGGACUGCGGAAAGUUUAUCUUUUUACAUAGAUAACCUUAAAGUUAGACAAAUCUUCAACGAUGAGCCUACAAAUGUUUACGGUUAUCCACAAACCCCGAUGGCGGUGUAUUUGGGCACCUGGGUCGGGGGCGAUCCUGGUAACCAAGUAGGAACAAUUCAGUGGGCGGGCGGUUUAACCGAUUUCAAUGAUGGCCCAUUCACUAUGGAGGUCAAUAGAAUUGUUAUAUCUGAUUAUUCUUCAGGGAAGUACUAUAAGUAUCAUGGAAAAUCGGGGGAUUGGAGUUCGAUCCAGAGCAUUGAUGGUACAGUCAAUGGGAGAAUUAAUCAAGCAGCCAAUGAAUUUUCAAUAUUAUCUUCUGAGGAUGUUCCACAAAAUAAGCAAAAUGUUGAUAGCAACGGGGAUCAGAGCGCUGAAAAGGAUAGAAGGUCUUUUUCUCAAUUUUCUGGCAAAUUUAAAGCCGAAUCGGUGGACAACAAUUCUACAAAGGUGGAGGUUGCGAAAUCAGGGAUCUUGUUUUUAUUUAUUGGUGGAUAUAUCCUUAGCUUAUUUAUUUGA